AGGAAGGAUCACAUCGUGAUGGUGAAUGGCCUUUCCAUGGAGAACGUCUCGUCCUCCUUUGCCAUCCAGACACUUAAAACCUGUGGCAAGAUCGCCAACAUUACACUGAAAAGACCGAAGAAAGUCCACCUCCCUAUAAGCAAGAGCAGCCCCGGGUCCCCCACCACGCCCAGGCGCUAUGACUCGGACGAGGACUACGGGUUGCAUGGUGCGGAUCCAGCCCUGCACCGCUCCCGGGAUGACCUGGACCACAGCCAGGGCUACGACGGGGACUCGUCCAGCGAGAGGAGCUCUGGCCACCACCGGGACGACCGCCGCCACCACAAGUCGGUGUCCCGGAACCGGAGGCGAAGCCAGGACAGCAGCCACUGGAGGCAGAGCCCCGGCAGCGGCUCAGAGCGGAGGGGCUACAGCCGGCACCACUCUGCCAAUGGCUUCGGCCAUGAAGGGGACACCAAUGGGCUGGCCCUGGUGUCGGGCUUCAAGCGUCUGCCGCACCAGGAUGUGCCGAUGAAGCCCAUCACGUCAGUCCUGGUGAAGAGGAAGCAGAACGAAGAGUAUGGCCUGAAGCUGGGAAGUCAGCUUUUCAUCAAGCACAUAGUGGAGAGCGGGCUGGCGGCGAAGGGCGGCUCCUUGCAGGAGGGAGACCUCAUCCUGAAGAUCAACGGGGUGGCCAGCGAGGACAUGUCCCUGGCUGACACCCAGCAGCUCAUCGAGCAGACGGAGGGGACCCUGACCCUGCUCAUCCUCCGGGACCACCGUCAGUUCCUGGUUAACAUCCCCGACAUAGAAGACGACCAGAGCGACAGCUCCCGGAUGGAUGAUAUCUCUGACAUCGACUCUGAACUGUCCCAUCUGCCAUCCCCUGAGACCUCCCCGCAACCUCCAGCUGGUGCCGGGAUGAAUUCACCAUCGGAGAGGAGACGAUCGAACAGGGACCCUGCGGUCGACACGAUCGUGGACAACGCUCGGGGCCCUGGCCACAACCCCCACACCAGCCCCGCUGCCCAAGCUGCCCGCAAGGACUGGUACAGCGCCGACUCCAGGGUCGUGCACUUCGUGAAGGCCAAGAGUGUUGGGCUGGGGCUUUUUUUUUUUAACGCCGUGCGCAUCUCCGUGUCGAGCGUGCAGGAGGGGAGCCCAUCCGACAGCCAGGACAUCCGGGAAGGGGACCAGAUCCUGCAGGUGGACAACACCAGUUUUCAGAACCUGACCCGUGAGGAGGCCGUGGAGUAUCUCAUGAGGCUCCCACCAGGCGAGGACAUCACGCUGUGGACCCAGAGCAAGCAGGACAUUUACAGGAAGAUGAUCUCGUCCAACGUGGGCGACUCAUUCUACAUCCGGACACACUUUGACUUUGAGAAGGACACACCAUCGGGGCUCAGCUUCGUCCGUGGGGACGUCUUCCAUGUGCUGGACACCAUGUACCAGGGCAGGCUGGGGAGCUGGCUGGCUGUGCGCAUGAGCAGGGACCUGCAGGAGCAGGACAAGGGCAUCAUCCCCAACCGGAGCAGGGCCGAGCAGAUUGCCAGCCUGGAGUCGGUGCUGAAAGCCACGUCUGGUGCCAACCCCUCUGGGGCACGGGCUGAGUUUUGGAAGCUGCGGGGCCUGCGGGGAGCCAAGAAGAUGCUGCGGAAGAGCCGGGAGGACCUGUCCGCCCUCACAAAGCAGGGCCGCUACCCGCCGUAUGAGAGGGUGGUCCUGAAGGAAGCCAGCUUCAGGCGGCCGGUGGUGAUCCUGGGCCCCAUUGCAGACAUUGCCAUGCAGAAGCUGAGCACGGAGCUGCCCGAGCUGUUUGAGAUUGCCCCAAGCGUGCCCCGAGACGGAACAUCGUCCAAGGUCAUCAAGUUGGACGCAGUGCGGCAGAUCGCAGAGAAGGACAAGCAUGCCUUGUUGGACAUCACACCCUCGGCUGUGGAGUGCCUCAACUACAUGCAGUACUACCCGGUGGUGGUGUUUUGCGAGCCUGAGAGCCGGCAGGGCAUCAAGGCCAUGCGCCAGUGGCUGGCGCCCGACUCCAGGAAGAGCUCCCGGCGCCUCUAUGCCCAGGCCAGCAAGAUGAAGAAGUACUGCAGCCAACUCUUCACUGCCACCGUCAGCCUCAGCAGCAACACCUGGUAUGAGGCGAUCAAGGACAUCAUCAGGACGCAGCAGAGCCAGCCCAUUUGGACGGCGGUGGAGCAGGCAGAUGUGGCACUGGAGGAC